AACUUAAUAAAAAUUGCUGCCCUCUCUCACUCCUCCCCCCUCAAUCACCUUUUUUUUUCAUGAAACUUUUAACAUCUCUAAUUGCCCUUGUGGGGUUUACCUCUGCGCAAUUAAUAAUUCAAGGUACAGAUUCUCUCUCUGAACCUGAUUAUUGUGACACAACGACCUUAUCAUGUCAUUGGACUGGAUCGGUGGAUGCAUGCUGUUCACCAAAGUACGGCCUCGUCGUACUUGCUCUCCAAUGGAUGCCUGGCUUUGGUCCUAAUGAUGAAUUUACCAUUCACGGUUUAUGGCCUGAUACGUGUUCUGGUCGUAUGGCACCUGGUCGUGGCUGUGACAAUAGUAGAAACACGAACCAAAUUGCAUCCAUUGUUCGCAACAUGAAUUCCACCAUGUAUGGUCGCAUGAAUACCUUUUGGCCGAGUAAUAAGGGCGAUAACAAUUGGUUUUGGUCACAUGAAUGGACCAAACAUGGCACGUGUGUAAGCACACUACGUCCUACUUGCUACGGUCCCACUUAUAAGAAAUACCAAGACGUCAUUGAAUAUUUUGAGCAAGUGCUUGAUCUCCGUGAUAGAUUUGAUCUAUUUGGUGCAUUAAAUUUAAAUGGUGUAUCACCUGGCCGUCACUAUAAUGUCGAAACAAUCCGAGAUGCCAUCAAGUCCACUUACGGAGCUAAUGUCAAACUGGAUUGUCACGGAAACCAACUCUCAGAGAUAUCGCUUAAUUUUUACGUGCGUGGUCGAGACAAGUAUGAAAUCACCAACGUUCAACGUGCCGGUAAUUGUCGUGGCGCCGUCUACUAUCCUAAAAAAUAACAUACCCCGUCCCCGUUUAUGUAUCUGAAACAGCACACUCUGUGAAAAUACCAAUAACAAGGAAAUUAAGGCCGUAUGCGGCCUUUCUCUCUUUUAAAUAAAUAUGCACCUAUAAAAAUGAAGCA